AUGUUCCCGGAUGUCAGUUUGGAGCUCAGGACUUUCUUGGACGAGGACCAGUGGGGUCUUGAAUGUCAGUCGGUACGACUAUACAGUAGGGCCAGAGCCGGACCGUCCAACUCUUCUGUGAGUUCCGUCGUCUGUGUUCCAUCUGCCUGUACUCCAGGCAGCAGUGAAAGAACCCAGGACAACGCGUUCCCAGUCAGCGCCUUCAAUCUGCAGCACAAUCCAGCGGUCCGCAGCCUCCUUCCAUCCCCAACCCAGAACCCCUGUCCCCGCCCGAGCCACUCACCAACAAGCCACCAGCUGGACCGCGAAACCCAGGGAAUUCGCACUGGGGGCAGCAAACUGAACCCGAGUGGGCGGCCCUGCGGGCCGCGCGGAGCCCCAGCCGGGUCCUUAUCAGCGCCGGGCAGGAGCUCGUCGCGGCACGAGGGUGGGGCGCCGGUGCGCGCGGAGAUCGACGCCCACACGCGCCGCGCCGGCUCUGCGGCGGGGAGAGAGGCCGCGGCCUGCAGGGCGGAGACUGCAGGGUGGGCGCCCAGCGCCGGCGGUGCACGACCCUCGGCCUUCCGCAGCGCCGACCGCUCUUCCGUCCGGCGGCUGGAGCAACUCGUCGGCCGCCGGACCGGCUCGCCCAUUCCCGGCCCCCCCAACGUCGCGAGGGGGUCUGGGCCCCGCCCCCACCCCCUGAGGGGCCCCAGCUGGAGAGCCCACGCCCCCCACGCCACGCCCCCCGGGGCGCCAGCCCCUCUGCGGGGGCUUAGCACGCUGCGCCCAGAAGUGGGGUGGGAGACGGCUAAGGGAGAUGUCCAUGUAAUUGAAACGAAAGUGGGGUGUCUUGCGGCUCGCAGACACCCGGUCUGCGGCGGCCGCGCGCUCCCACCCCACCCCGAGCCUCCGCCGCGACAUCUUCCCACGUCCCCCGUCCGGGUCGCAGGCGGGGGGGAAAAGCCUCACGGUCGCACUGCGGCUCUGCCAAAAGGGAGCCGGGACGAGCCGGCGCUGGGCGCAACUUGUAACCCGAACUUCGCGCAGCCGGAGCAAGUGUGUCGGGGCGAGAAGCGCCUAGUCCUCGGUCCGCACCACCGCACUGGGUCCCCGCCACCGCCACACCACUAUCUCAGGGGCCAGGCGUGGCCCCCGGCUGGCUAGGGAGCCGAGCGCGGCGCCGCGGCUGCGCAUUCUGUGCGGGAUGCCGCUGUCUCCCACGGGCGGGGAUAAACUAGGGGGCGGUUGAUCUGAAAUUCUUAGCCACGGCUAAUAGUCAACCACCCAAGUGCGACCCGAGGCAGCCCGGCAAUGCAGCUCGUUCUCCAGACGCGGGUCCACACCGGCGCGUCCUCGCCUCCAGGGACCGAUCGCAGUCCUCCAAGGCCGGUGACUUGGGCCGCCAAGCAGUGAGAAGCAAGUAGUCAAAGAAAACAUCCCGGGCAAACCGGCUGACCGAAAAUCCACUGCCGGGGUAGGGAGGCGCCCUCUACGGGGAUGAAGUCAUCGCUACCUUUGACUCUUUGAUUCUAGAUAAUCGACCAAGACUUUUCCAGCCUCAUGCCUGACGCCUUUCGCUUCCUCCACCCUGGUCCUCAGUCCCUGAACUUCCAGGACAGAAUUCCUGGCCUCCAUAUGCAAGCCUUGGAUCGAGAAAGAGAAACUAUUAGUGUAAACAAACCCAUCAACAAAAACCAGAACUGUGCCUGCCAAUAGCCCAUUUCUUGGCCAUUGAUCCGAGCAUGAAGAGAAAUGGAUCCAACUAAGAGAACCUUAAAAUCUUAAGGAAUAAGAAAAUGUAAUAAAGAGAAAGACAAUGUCAUGCUCAGGGAGCUAAUAUUAAUCCCAAAGGAAUAUUGACUGUUCAGGCUCAAGUUAAAUUACAGCAGAUCGAAAGUGAGGAGUGGAGUGGCAUCUUCUUUUCUUUUACUGUCGACUUUGUUAAAUGGGGACUCCACACUCCCUGCCUACUCUUCCCUCCUCAACCCCAUGACAGUGGCAUCCCCGCAACUGUAUUGAGCAUGCGCUCUAAAAACAGUUACUUUUUGAGAAGUCAAGUCUGGUGACCCAUCCUCAGCUCCUCGUCCCUUUGAUCUCCUUGGCAGCAUCCUACCCUAAGGCCUUCUCUAUGCUUCUCUGGCCUUCUCUGCUGACCCUUCUCUUCCUUUGAGGAGAGUAACAAGGUUCUUCCAACUCUUGAUCUCCCAUUAUCCCAUAAAAAUACCUUCUGAUUUCAAAUUGAACCCAUCCAGAUGUCGUGGGGCCUGAAGCUUGUAUAACUCCUCCGGGAGCUUCUUAAAGGAAAGCAACAAAAACUUACAAA